AUGAGCAUGAACAGCUUUGCCCUGUCCAAGUAUCCGCUGGCAUGGAAGCUCAUGUCGAGACCGUGGGCGCAAACCAACGACUCGAUCAGCGAUUUGUCAACCCAAAACAAACACGGAUACCAGGUUGCCGUCGGCGCGAUCCGGCCCAAGACGCAGAUGGCACAGUGGAUCCUCUUGGUGGAGGAGACACAGGCGGAGGCUUUCGCCCCGAUCGACAAGCUCAGGAAAAUCAUUCUGGCAUGCGUCUUUGGGACGAUAGGGCUCAUUAUCUUGAUCGUUCCUCCGCUCGCUCAUCUGGCCGUGGCCCCGAUUUGCCGGCUGAGCGAGGCCACUCGCAAGUCGAUCGAGCCCCCCUCCCAGUCUCCGCAUAAUCGCCCUCCGUCCUGCGGAUCGUACAUUGUAGGAACCACCGAGGCGGAGACGGAACCCCGUGCUUUUGACGACCACAUGGAUGAGAAAGGAACUUUCGUAGCCUGGGUGAAACAUUUCCGACGCAAGGACCGACCCAACAGCGCACACAGCAAUGGCAGUCGCAACCACGCCAGAACUUUCCAGAUUCCGGGCAGAGUGAAGGAACGCAAGCAUCUCAUCACGGACGAACUGACGGACCUGACGAGCACUUUCAACGAGAUGUCGGACGAGCUUUCUAUUCAGUACAACCGACUCGAAGAAAGAGUGGCGGAGCGGACUCGCGAGUUGGAAGCCGCCAAGUCGGCCGCGGAGACUGCCAACGAGAGUAAGACACUGUUCAUCGCCAAUAUCUCACACGAGCUCAAGACCCCGCUAAAUGGGAUUUUGGGCAUGUGUGCAGUGUGCAUGGGCGAAGAUGAUCUUCCUCGGAUCAAGAAGUCCUUGCAGGUCGUUUACAAGUCAGGCGAUCUUCUCCUGCAUCUUUUGAACGACUUGUUGACCUUUAGCAAGAACCAAAUCGACCAGGCAAUUCGUUUAGAAGAGAGGGAAUUUCGAUUGUCGGACAUCCGGUCUCAACUUGCGGUCAUUUUCCAGAAUCAGGUCCAGGAGAAACAGAUUGACUUCAAUGUCAACUUUGUCAGCGGUGAUAGCCUUUCGGCAAAGGGUGAUGCCUUCCAGGAGAAGAUAUUGCUACCGUCUCCCCCCGCGCUUGGUCCACCAGGGACUGGUCGGUUGAGGGACAUGGUAUUAUGGGGUGAUCAACAUCGUAUCCUUCAGGUUCUGAUCAACCUGGUCAGCAACAGUCUCAAGUUCACACCCGACCAUGGCAAGAUCGACGUUCGCAUCAAAUGCGUCCGCGAAGUGGAAACCCCGGGCAGUCCCCGAAGCUCUCUGCAGGACUCUCGACGCAAUUCUUCUCAGCCCCGUGACCCCGUGGACGGUCUGGUUCAGGAAGAAUACCACACUCCCGUGCUUUCGCAGUUGCGGACUCUGAUCUUCCAGUUUGAGGUCGAGAAUAAUGGUCCUGGCGUCGCCCCCCAUUUACAGAAGCGCGUCUUCGAGCCCUUUGUACAGGGCGAUCUCGGGCUCAACCGAAAGUAUGGAGGCACCGGGUUGGGGCUCAGUAUCUGCGCGCAGCUGUCUCGCUUGAUGAAUGGAAAGAUCACCCUUGAAAGCGAGCAGGGCAAAGGAGCCUUGUUUACUGUGGAAAUUCCGUUGAAAUUCGUCAAGGAGGCAGCGCCCAGUACCCGCAGUUCCAGUGCCGCUGGAUCGCGCUCACCGAGUGUUUUGUCGCUUGACGAUCUCCCGGCCUCGCGCGACCGCCGUCGAACAACGGCUCUUCAGCCGUUCUUCACCCCCACUCCGUCAUCCCCCGCACCGUCGACUCCCCGAGCUCCUCCUGUGGAUGGGCCCAAACCCGAGGUGAAAGAUAGCACAUCUGGCAAAGUGCGCGUGUUGGUGGCCGAGGACAACGUAGUGAACCAGGAGGUGGUCCUUCGAAUGCUUCGGUUAGAAGAGGUAUAUGAUGUAACGGUCGCCAAAGACGGCCAAGAAGCCUACGACACCGUCAAGGCGAAUAUGGAAGAGGGCAAAGUAUUUGAUCUUAUCUUCAUGGACAUUCAGAUGCCCAAUCUCGACGGCCUACAGAGCACCCGUCUCAUCCGGGGCAUGGGCUACUCGGCGCCGAUUGUUGCGCUCAGCGCUUUCUCGGAAGAAAGUAAUAUCAAAGACUGCAUGGACUCGGGCAUGGAUAUGUUCAUCAGUAAACCUAUCCGACGGCCUGCCCUGAAACAAGUUUUGAACAAGUUCGCUACGAUUCCGGAAGAGCCGGAAAAUAUGCCAGAUUCGUAG